AUGGAGAAGCUUCACCAGAUGAACUCACUGGGGCUACUUUGCUGCCUCUAUAGGGAGUUUGGAGUCCCAGGGAUGGCCUUUGAGAGGGACAGACUCCCAGCCCAGACUCAGCUUCUGGUGCUGGCUCUGACGCUGACAAAGGGCGGGACCUUUGGGCCCCUCCCUUCUCUGUGGAGAAUCCACACUGGGGAGAAAACUUAUGAAUGCAGUCAAUGUGGAAAAACAUUCAGUCGGUGCUCCAGUCUUGCUCUGCAUCAGAGAAUCCACACAGGAGAGAAACCUUAUAAAUGCAAGCAGUGUGGGAAGACAUUCAGGUGCAGUUCAGCUCUUUCUGUACAUCAGAGAAUCCACACUGGGGAGAAAUCUUAUGAAUGCAAACAGUGUGGAAAGGCAUUCAGGUUGAGCUCCCAUCUAACUGUACAUCAGAGAAUCCACACUGGGGAGAAACCUUAUGAAUGCAAGCAGUGUGGAAAAACAUACAUUUGCACCUCUCAUCUUGCUGUACAUCAGAGACUCCACACUGGGGAGAAACCUUAUGAAUGCAAGGAGUGUGGAAAGGCAUUCAGUUGCAGUUCCUAUCUUGCUGUACAUCAGAGAAUCCAUACAGGGGAGAAACCUUAUGAAUGCAAGCAAUGCAGAAAGGCAUUCAGUUGCAGUUCAGCUCUUUCUGUACAUCAGAGAAUCCACACUGGGGAGAAACCUUAUGAAUGCAAGCAGUGUGGAAAGACAUUCAGGUUGAGCUCUCACUUAGUUGUACAUCAGAGAAUCCACACAGGGGAGAAACCUUAUGAAUGCAAGCAGUGUGGAAAGACAUUCAUUUGCAGCUCUCAUCUUUCUGUACAUCAGAGAAUCCACACUGGGGAGAAACCUUUUGAAUGCAAGGAGUGUGGAAAGGCAUUCAGUUGCAGCUCCUAUCUUACUGUACAUCAGAGAAUCCACACUGGGGAGAAACCUUUUGAAUGCAAGCAGUGUGGAGAAACAUUCAGUCGUAGCUCCGGACUUUCUGUACAUCAGAGAAUCCAUACUGGGGAGAAACCUUAUGUAUGCAAGGAGUGUGGAAAGGCAUUCAGUUGCAGCUCCUAUCUUCCUGUACAUCAGAGAAUCCAUACUGGGGAGAAACCUUAUGAAUGCAAGCAGUGUGGAAAGACAUUUAGUUGCAGCUCCUAUCUUCCUGUACAUCAGAGAAUUCACACUGGGGAGAAACCUUUUGAAUGCAAGCAGUGUGGAGAAACUUUCAGUCGUAGCUUCAGUCUAGCUGUACAUCAGAGAAUCCAUACUGGGGAGAAACCUUAU